AGUUGAUGAAGUUACUAGUCAACACACUAUAUGUAUUAAGCAUGAUGCAUAGGCAAAAAAGGUGUUUAAACACAUAGUUUGUUAGAUUAGUGCAAACACAACCACUUUUCAAAAGUUGAAAUACAGAUCUAUUUAUUGAUAUGGCGUCUCAGUCUGCCAAGAUAUUGGUAGCAGCCAUAGACUUUGGGACCACCUACUCAGGUUAUGCCUUCUCAUUCCGUCAUGACUUUGAACAAGAUGCAUGUAAAAUAUCUUCACACAACUGGCCUGCUGCUUCCAGGGGUUUGGUCUCCUUAAAAACACCAACAUCCAUAUUACUGAACCCUCAGGAGGAGUUUGAUUGUUUUGGUUAUGAUGCUGAAGAUAGAUACACAGCACUUGCCAAUGAAGAUCUACACAAAAAUUGGUUUUACUUUAGAAGGUUUAAGAUGAUGCUUCAUGGGUCAUUGGGGAUAAAGAGAGAUGUAAAAGUGAAAACAUUUGAUAGCCAGAAAGAGUUACCAGCUAUGAAAAUCUUUUCUGUUGCAAUCAAAUAUCUAAAGGAUCAUCUAAUGGAAACAUUAAAUAAGAGAAAUACAGGUGUACGUCGAGAUGAUAUCCAAUGGGUCCUUACUGUUCCUGCUAUCUGGAAUGACCCUGCAAAGCAGUUUAUGCGAGAGGCAGCAGAAAAGGCAGGUAUUGAUGAUUUAAUCAUUUCAUUAGAACCAGAGGCAGCCUCUUUGUUUUGUAAAUACAUGCCAAUAGAGAAGGGAACAGAUGACUUCAAGACAUUCCAACCAGGAAAUAAAUACAUUGUAUUAGACUGUGGAGGCGGUACUGUGGAUAUUACUGUUCACCAGGUACAACAAGACAAGACAUUAAAGGAGCUUUUCAAGGCAAGCGGUGGAGCUUGGGGAGGUACCCAAGUUGAUGAAGCCUUCAAGCAACUCAUUAUCAAAAUUGUAGGCAGCCCAGUUUAUCUAAAUUUUUGUGAGAAAAAUGCAGCAGAUUUUGUAGACAUGUUUAGAGAAUUUGAAUUAAAAAAGAGAGGCUUUAGUGGGGAAGGGAAUAAACAAAUAACAAUCAAAAUUCCUGUUUCUUUACAAGAAACAUUUGAAGAAGAUACCGGUGAAACAAUUCAAGAGGUCUUGGGUCAGACCUCAUUAUCAGGAAAAUUGAAAUGGGCUGGUGAUAAACUACGAAUCAGCUCCAUUCUAUUUGCCACAUUUUUUGACAAGGCAACAACCAACAUAAUUGAGCACUUGAGAAAAUUGCUGAAAGAACCAGAAGUUGUAGGAACUACUAACAUUAUCAUGGUAGGGGGGUUUUCUGAAUCUCCUUUGAUACAGAGAAAGGUAAAAGAAGAAUUUCCAAAGAUGCAUGUAUUGAUCCCUGCAGAGGCUGGGCUUUCAGUGUUAAAGGGAGCUGUCAUAUUCGGACAUCUUCCAAAAACAAUUUCUUCUCGUAAGGCAAAAUAUACCUAUGGGUUAGCAACAAUGACAAAAUUUAUCAAAGGAAAACACAGGGAGGACAAAAAAGAAACAAUUGGCAAUCAAGUUAAAUGCAAGGACAUUUUUAGUAUUCAUGUGGAGAAAGGACAAACCUUAGAACUAGAUGAAGCACAAAGUGACCGAAGUUACAAUCCAGUAGACCCUGAACAAAAGGAAAUUAUAUUUCAGUUUUACAUUUCUGAUAGUGAUGAUCCUAUGUAUGUCACUGAUUCUGGCUGUACCCAUAUUGGUAAGAUGGAGGUGAAAAUCCCAGACACAUCCGGUGGACUUGAUAGGCAGGUGACAGUUCAGUUGAUAUUUGGUGGAACUGAACUGAAGGUCAAAGCCAUCAUACAAAAGACAAAAAAAGAAGUUAUUGCAAAAUUACAAUUUCUUGACAAAGAUUAGUGCUCAAAUGAAUCUUUCUUAUUACUGCUUAAAUGGUUUUUUCCCUUUUACUUGAGGCUUUUUUCUUUUUUCAAAAGAGAAAAAAAUAAGAUCAUACAGUUGUUUUCUUGUAUGUUUUGGUCUGAGAUGUAGGAUAUUUAUUUAAGAAUAAAGCUAAGACUAAAUUUCAAUUUUCAGUUUGAAGCAGACAUGUUAAAGAUAGUUAACUUUAUUAUAAAUUAUAAAAGUAAUGCCUUUUAUGAUUUACUAAUCUGAAGUUUUCAACGAACAUUUGAAAAAGAAAAUAUUCCUAAGUGCUAGACCUAUAGCUUAAAACCUACAUUUAAUCACCUUGUAUAGAAUUUUGUAUUGGAUGAAACUAAUGUGUUAUCCAAAGAAUUUAUUGUAAUACUUCAUUUAAAAAAUAUUGUGAUAUCAUAUCAUAUCAUAUCAUAUGUAAAUAUGUUUUUUUUUUCUUUAUAGGAAUGAUUGAGUGAUUAGAUAAAUAAAAUAUUUGAUAACAGCAAUGAAAACAAUCUUAUAGCUAUCCUAUAUUCUGUUGUCAUCUUUAUCAGCGGAGCAUUAACAUUUAUUUAGGUUCAAUCUGUUUUUUUUAGACAUCAACAACUUUUUUCAAACCUUCAAGGAAUUUUAUGAAAUUUGGACAGACACUUUUUUAUGACAAAAACACAAUAUCCAGAGCAAAAUUUUGAAUAUAUGUCUCUCCAUGUUUCAUAUUUUUCUGAUAAAUGGACUUUUUGCUUACAGAACUAACAUUUAGAUAAAUCUAUGGUUAAAGAGAGUACACCUUUUGUGUAAUCAACUCCUCCUGCAGUUUUCAACCCAGAUCACUGAAACUUCAUAGGAAGAUUGCACAUAUUUUGAAGUUGUGCACCUGCUAUUAUUUUUUUAUGCCCCCGCCGUAGCGGAGGGGGCAUUAAGUUUUACCCUUGUCCGUCUGUACGUACGUCCCAAAAUUGGUUUCCGUUCUCUAACUUUUGUUUACCUUAACCAAAUGUUAUGAAACUUAUACACAAUGUUUAUUAUCACAAAACACAGAUCAAGUUUGAAUUUUGGUGGCGUCACUUUUACCGUUCUAGAGUUAUGCUCUUUACAAAUGGAAAAAUUGCUGAAUUUUUCGUUUCCGUUCUCUAACUUUAGUUUGCCUCAACCAAAUGUUAUGAAACUUAUACACAAUGCUUAUGACCACAAAACAGAGAACAAGUUUGAAUUUUGGUGGCGUCACUUUUACUGUUCUAGAGUUAUGCCCCUUUACAAAUGGAAAAAUUGCUGAAUUUUUCGUUUCCGUUCUCUAAUUUUAGUUUGCCUUAACCAAAUGUUAUGAAACUUAUACACAAUGAUUAUGACCACAAAACACAGAUCAAAUUUGAAUUUUGGUGGCGUCACUUUAACCGUUCUAGAGUUAUGCCCCUUUACAAAUGGAAAAAUUGAAAAAAAAAUUAUUUUCUUCUAAAUAUUAAGUAAUUUUUAAAAUUGGAGUUAUCUUCCUUUGUCCAUGAUUAUAGUUGAAUCAACUACAAUCAAUGCUUUAUACAAUGCAAUGUUUAAUUUUAACUUCCACUGAUAAAACACAGAUCAAGUUGAAUUUGGGUAGUGUCACUCUAACCAUUAUUGAGUUAUGCCCCUUUAUAAAUCGAAAGAUUGCAAAAUUUUUAGUUUCCAUUCUGUUACUUAAAUUUGCCCCAACCAAACAUUAUGAAACCUAUACACAAUAUUCAAUACCACAAAACUAAGAUCAAGUACAAAUUUUUUGUUUCCGUUUUCUAACUUUAGUUUGUCUCAACAAAAUGUUAUGAAACUUAUACACAAUGCUUAUUACUGCAUAAUACAGAUUGAGUACGAAAUUUGGUGGCGACACUUUUACCAUUCUUGAGUUAUGUCCCUUUAUAAACACAAAAAUUGCUGAAUUUUUCGUUUCCGUUCUCUAACUUUAGUUUGUCUCAACCAAAUGUUAUAAAACUUAUACACAACCGUUCUAGAGUUAUGCGUGUUUACAAAUAGAAAAAUUGUGAAUUUUUAGUUUCUGUUCUCUAAUUAAGUUAGCCUCAACCAAAUGUUAUGAGACUUACACACAAUGCUUAUUACCACAAAACUCAGAUCCAGUUCAAAUUUGGGUAGCGUCACUUUUACCGUUCUUGAGUUAUGUCCCUUUAUAACCAUAUGAUAUGCAAGCGGGGGCAUCAUCUAUGUCCACAUGUGGACACUAUCCACAUUUAUUUUCAAAUGCUAUUAUUAUAUUUUUUUCCUAGGCAAGUUAGAGUACUGAUACAGUACCACUACAAUUGCAUUGGCAACUGUCAUGAUUUACAAACAAUUACACUCAAAUUAUUAAUUGGAAUCAACUCCACUCUAAUGCAAGCUUAAUUGUCCACAAGGUAUUUGUACAUAUAACUGAAUACAGGAAAUGUUGGGUUUUGCUUGAUGAAUGAACACGAGUUUAAAUAAAGAAUAGUUAUUUAAAUUUUGUUAUUGGAAAAGUGGAUUUUCAAUGCCCCUUUCUGGAAAUUAUUUAGUCAAACUUUAAUAAAAAAAAAUACUACUCCUUAAAAGAUUUUAUUAUGUCAAAAUCAUUACAGUGAAAAAUGUUUAUGGAAAAAGAUGUAAAAAAUCAAUGUACUUCUACAAUUGAAAUAUCAGAAGAAUUGACAUCAUUAUUGAGAAAUUCUCCCAUCUUUGGACAGUAGAAUAUAAAUUUUAUAGUAAGAUUAUGGAAAUGAAAAUAAAUGAAAUAAAAUAUUAGAUAUAAGAUAAGAAAAAAUGUCUGACUAACUACAAAAUUGACUGGAUCAGUGAUGAUGCUUUGAUAUCAGACUUCGGAAAAUCAAAAUUUAUGAAAGAAGGUACCAGUUUUCAACUUCUACAGUUAUCAACUCAGAUCCAUAAGACUUCUCAGAAAGGUUGUACACAUGCUGAAGUUGUGCACUUGCUGUUAUGGAAUUGUUUAAGGUAAAGGCUUUGGAGCUUAGUUUUUUCCAGCAAAAUUUACAACCUCUGUGUAAUUGCAAUUGCAUUUUAAACAGUUUACAUUAAUAAGUCACAAAUAUUGCAACCUGGCCAAUUUUAACUUUGACCCAUUUAUUUGCAAUUAAUUCAGUAAUAGUGUACCAAUCCUUUAAAUUGAAAUUUGAACACUUGAAUAUUCUUUGAUACAAAUCAAUGGAUGGUAUGGAUUAAGGAUUAACUCCAACUCUGAAUUUGCUCUUAUAUUCCAUGUAUUAUAGAACUACCAUGAUACAUAAAAGUAUUACACAUUUUUCAGAGCUACUUGAUAAAAAAGUAAUUAUAACACAAUUACUCUACAUAAUUUAAAAGUUUCAAAUUUUUUUUAUAGCCUUGUAUGCAGGCUUUGGCAAAACCAAAAAAUCAGGUAUCCACAAAGAUACAAUUUUUCCUCAAUGCUAGAAAAUCAGUAUCCACGAAAAUAAAUGAAUCCACAGCAUUACAAAAAUUAGGAAUUUUUCAGUACUCUAUCUAUUUUUUUUACAAGUUUACUUUUACCAAUAUGACAGGCUUUUCCAUUGAUUUUUUUAAAAAGUAGAAAAAAGUUAAUAGUAAGUUAUUGUGUAUGUUUUUGUUUAUGUCCAAGAAAUUAUUUAUUUAUCCUUCUAAAGUUUUGUGUAUAUGGCACUGAUAUAAUGAUUUGACUACUUUAGCAAGAUUGCAUUGUUUACUUAGAAGUGCUGAUAUAUUUACUAUGAAUAGAAAAUGUGUAUUUCUCAAUUAAAUAGCCAUCACACUGUUCAAUUAAAAAGACAUGUUGUAAAUAGAGAACUAAGAAAUCACUCAUUGUAUUUUUAUACGACCGCAAAAAAAUUUUUGUGGUCGUAUAUUGGUAUGACGUUGGCGUCGUCGUCUGGCGUCGUCCGAAGACACAUUGGUUUUCGCACUCUAACUUUAGUUUAAGUGAAUGGAUCUCUAUGAAAUUUUACCACAAGGUUCAAUACCACAAAAGGAAGGACGGGAUUGAUUUUGGGGGUUAUGGUACCAACAGUAAAGGAAUUAGGGGCCAAAAAGGGGCCAAAAAUAAGCAUUUUUGUAACUUCCAGACAUAACUUGUGUGUUAGUGUAUGGAUCUCUCUGACAUUGUACCACAAGGUUCCAUAUCACAAAAGGAAUGCUGGGAUUGAUUUUGGGGGUAAUUGCCUCAAAAUUUUAGGAAUUAGGGACCAAAAAAGGGGCAAAAAACAAGCAUUUUUCUAGUUUCAUGACAAUAACUUGUGUGUAAGUGUAUGGAUCUUUCUGAAAUUGUACUACAAGGUUCCAUAUCACAAAGGGAAAGCUGGAAUUGAGUUUGGGGGUAAUUUGCCGAAACGUUUAGGAAUUGGGGGCCAAAAAGGGGCCAAAAAUAAGCAUUUUUCUAGUUUCCAGACAAUAACUUGUGUUCAAGUGUAUGGAUCUCUCUGAAAUUGUACUGCAAUGUACCAUACCACAAAGAGAAGGCUGGGAUUGAUGAUGGGGGUAAUUGCCUCAAUAUUUUAGGAAUUAGGGGCCAAAAAGGGGCAAAAAACAAGCAUUUUUCUAGUUUCAGGACAAUAACUUGUGUGUAAGUGUAUGGAUCUUUCUGAAAUUGUACUACAAGGUUCCAUAUCACAAAGGGAAAGCUGGGUUUGAGUUUGGGGGUAAUUGCCCUAAACGUUUAGGAAUUUGGGACCAAAAAGGGGCCAAAAAACACAUUUUCCUAGUUUCCAGACAAUAACUUGUGUUCAAGUGUAUGGAUCUCUCUGAAAUUGUACUGCAAGGUACCAUACCACAAAGGGAAGGCUGGGAUUAAGUUUGGGGGUGAUGAAUCAUAAGGGGGUUAAAAAAAUUGGGGGGGGGGGAUUUUUUUUUUUUUUCCUUUUUUUUUUCUUUUAAAAUUUUCCAUUUUAAGUUGGUUAUUUCUGAUUUAUAUUUAAAAGCAAAUAAUAAUGAUAUGGUAGGUGAUACACACCAAACAGGAUGUGUAAAUUAUUAUAUAAUAAGUAUUGUGCAAUAGCAAGAAAUUUUCAAUUGCACAGUAUUGCACAAUAGCAAGAAAUCUUCAAUUGCACAGUAUUGCGCAAUAGCAAGAAAUCUUCAAUUGCACAGUAUUGCGCAAUAGCAAGAAAUAUCAAAUAGCACAAUAUUGUGCAAUAGCAAGAAAUUGUCAAUUGUACAGUAUUGCACAAUAGCAAGAAAUAUUUAAUUGCACAGUAUUGUGCAAAAGAAGAUACUUCGUAUAAAUUGCUUAUUUCUUGACCAAUUUCAAUGGGGUUUUAUUCUUGAAUUCUUGGGGUUCUUUAAUAUGCUGAAUCUAACCGUGUAUUUAGUUUUUGGAUUUUGGGCCCCGUUUUUAAAUUGGUCCACAUUGAGGUCCAAAGGGUCCAAAAUGAAACUUUGUUUGAUUUCAUCAAAAAUUGAAUUAUUGGGGUUCUUUGAUAUGCCGAAUCUAACCGUGUAUUUAGAUUCUUAAUUUUUGGUUCCGUUUUCAAAUUGGUCUACAUUAAUGUCCAAAGGGUCCAAAAUUAAACUUAGUUUGAUUUUAACAAAAAUUGAAUUCUUAGGGUUCUUUGAUAUGCUGAAUCUAAACAUGUAUUUAGAUUUUUGAUUAUGGGCCCAGUUUUCAAGUUGGUCCAAAUCGGGGUCCAAAAUUAAACUUUGUUUGAUUUCAACAAAAAUUGAAUAUAUGGGGUUCUUUGAUAUGCUGAAUUUAACCAUGUAUUUAGAUUUUUGAUUUUUUGGGCCCCGUUAUCAACUUUGUCCACAUUGAGGUCAAAAGGGUCCAAAAUUAAACUUUGUUUGAUUUCAUCAAAAAUUGAAUUCUUGGGGUUCUUUGAAAUGCUGAAUCUAACCAUGUAUUUAGAUUUUGGAUAUUGGACCAUAAUAGGUGAAUGUCCAAUUUAAAAUUUUUAAGUUCUUAGACCACAUUCAUUCUGUGUCAGAAACCUAUGCUGUGUCAAAUAUUUAAUCACAAUCCAAAUGCAAAGCUGUAUCAAGCUUGAAUGUUGUAUCCAUACUUGCCCCAACUGUUCAGGGUUCGACCUCUGCGGUCGUAUCAAGCUGCGCCCUGGGGAGCAUUUUAUUUUAUUGUAGUAUUAUGUUUUUGUAAAGAUGCUUAUAUUUUUAACAAACCGCCAUCAAUCUUACAGGUACUUCAGUAGAUGGCAAAUUAUAAAAAAGAUAAUAUGAGUCUCACCAAAAAUAUAUCAUUUUCAUUUCACUUUUUUUUUUUACAAUGAAGAAGGUGUUCUAAGGGCUCUUUUGCCCUAAAAAAUAAAAUAUCACAAAAUCAUCUGAUUUAUUCCUAAAGAUAAUUCAAAUGUAUGUGAUAGAUUGGAGUUUGCUUUAUGCCGCAAUGCUAUAUGGCAGCGAUCAUACGUAUGUGCAAAGUUUUAACAAUAUGAUUUUUAAAGAAAUAUAUAUAUUCACAUAGAUUUCAAAGUCAAAAGACGUCAUCAAUUUAUUUUUCUACACAAGUUGCAUAGUUUAACAUAUAUUUGUGAGUGAGAAAUAUUAAGCACAUGCAAGUACCAAAUAACAGUUACAUGAGAGGUGUUGUUCAUACAGACUAACAUUUUACAUGUAAUGGUAAAUUUUUUUAAGUUGAUACUUUCUUGUGAUCCAUAUUAGCAGGACUAAAACAAAACUAUUUGAAAAAACCAACCAAAAUUGACAGGUAGAAGGGACUUUUCAUUGAGGUCACAACUACAUUUAUUUUGAAAUGAUCGUAAACUACCUGUUAUUUGUAUUGUAUUACCUCAACUUUGAAAAAGACAUAAAUGUAAAUAAAAAUUUACAUUUUCAAAUUUCAUUGACAAAUUAGACUCUUAUGUCACCCUGUCAGUGACAAUUUGUUUUAUUAUUUUUAACACCAUUCUUUUGAUUUAUCCAAUUGUUUUGUGUGUGAAAUCUUUACAUGUGAUUUUACUGGGUAAAUGAAUUAUGUAUAUUGGGAAAUGAUUAUGAAAACCUUUUUUUUUAAAUUGUAAGGUUAAGGGUGAAUUUAUUUAUGUCUAUGUAAAAAGUAAAAUCACAAAAAUACUGAACUCCAUUUUGUAAAUGAGACAAAAGUAAUUGAAGUCAAAACAGUGUGGAGCUAGUAAAACUAUUUAGCUUUCCUUAGUGUAUAGAUUUUUGUCUUUGAUUUGGUUGGUUAAAUAGAAAAUCACAGUUACUUUUCAUGGUAUUGAUGAUCAUUGAGUAUUUCUGAGUUUUAUGCAGAUCUUGAGUGUCAUCCCUACUAAUGUUCCACUAACAUAGAAGGCUAGUGAUAAGUAUACAAUGCAUAGUUACAUUGGCAAGAACAAUUAAUAUUUUUUGCAUGCAUGUUGUAUAAAGUGCCUUAUUCAUCAGUUAAUAUGAUAAAUGCUUUAAUGUAUUAGGGAAUUGAGAUUCCCUGUUAGGCUGUAAUUAGUUGUUUACAUUGAAUUAUAUUAAUGUCUUUCAAAUGUUGCCUGAAUAACACAUUCUAUUUUCCUCUCUCAUUACUAGAAUAUAUAUAUAUUUUGUCAGGAUUAAGGUUAAGAAACAUCUGGGCAACACAUAUUUUAAUUCAAACAUGACUAUAUAUAUUCAUUUCUGUAAUAAAGGAUUAAUGUUCCUUUGAAGAUUCAUCUUUUUCAAGAAAUUC